CGCUUUUCUCUCUGUUCUUUGCUUGGGCUUGGAGCAAGGACAUGACGCUGAGGAAGAGGACACUGGGGCAGACUCCCACGCUGCUGCCACUGAGACUGCUGGGUGUCUGCUGGGUGGCGCUUGUUGUUGUUGUGCAACAGCAGCAGCAUGGCUGGUGCUGUGUAGGGGAGGUGGUGCUGGUGGAGGACGACGCAGGCACGCUGCACAUCAACACGAGCGAUCCGCUGAGCCAGCCCGUGCUGGUCAACGGCGUGGACGUGAACGGCAUGCUGGCUGCCCAGCAGAGCAUCAUCGGCAUGCAGCAGAGCGCAAUUCGCACGCAACAGAGCAUGCUUGACACAGAGAGGAGCAUCAACACAGCGCAACAGAGUGCUCUGGAGGCGCAGCAGCGUGCUCUGGAAGCGCAGCAGAGCACGAUCAAAGAGUUGUGCCAGGUGAAGGUUCGAGCCAGGCAGUUUGGAGAGCUUGGUUCAGCAAACAGCAAGUGGGUUGGUGGUGUGCUGGCCAACAACGGGCUCAUCUACGCUGCUCCGCACUCUGCGAGUACUGUUCUCAUCAUCGACCCCCGCACCAACACAGUGGAUACAACAUCCAUAUCUGGGCUUGGCGCAGACACGAGCAAAUGGGCUGGCGCGGUAUUGGCAGGCAAUGGCUUCAUCUACAUGUUUCCGUCACACAGGACAACAGUGCUCAUCAUCGACCCCAAAGUCAACAUGGCCGACACCACCAGCAUUCAGGAUCUUGGAAUUGAGCCUGGGAAGUGGCUCAGCGGGAUUGUAGCUGACAACGGCCUCAUCUUUGGCAUCCCCUACUCCGCCACCUCUGUGCUGAUCAUCGAUCCAACGACCAAUGUUGUAGACCUCACGACACUGUCCAACCUUUCCGCGAACAAAUACAAAUGGUACGGCGGUGUACAAGCGAACAACGGUCUUAUCUACUGCAUCCCAGUCUCCGCCAGCAAUGUCCUCAUCGUCGACCCAGCAUCUCUCAGCAUAGACAUCACCGCAAUCGAAGGGCUGGGCGCGAAUCCGUACAAGUGGUUUGAUGGCGUGCUUGCAGGCAACGGCCUGAUCUACACGGUUCCAGCACACUCUGGAGCGUCGCUUGUGAUCGACCCGCGCACGAACACGACGAGUUACCUCCUCGUUGCAGAUCCAACAAACUCGGCCAAAUGGGCUCGAGGAGUAGUUGCGCCGAACGGCAACAUCAUCGGCAUCCCGUUUGAUGACUCGUCCGUCCUCAUCAUUGAUCCAACGACAAACGCCACUGACACCACCACCAUCAGUGCCAUUGAGGGAACAAGUAUGUAUCACGGUGGCGUGCUCGCCCCCAACGGUCUUGUCUAUGGUAUCCCAAGCGCCGCCAGUGUUGUGCUCGUCGUCGACCCUGGAUGCUGAGAGCGUGUGUGUGUG